GAUACAGCAGCAGCACCUCCUUCGCCCACUUCAGAGCGAAAACUCAAGGCCAAACCCAAGAUAUCCAGCUUGGAGACUGUCAUAGAAGGCGAUGCCCGAGCUCAUCUCAGCUUAUCCCCAGACGAUGCCGCCAGGCCUGUCGUUAGAGCAGUGCCGCGUGGUGAAAAGGAGCGCCAGGCCGAGAAACGAAGCCAAUACUUUCACGAUGCGCUUUACGAACGAUCUGGGAGGAAUUCAGCUGUGGAGGCAGUUCGGAGAGAAGCUUUAGUUUAUGCUGAAGUGAAAACAAAUGUUGAAGACGAGCAACACUUCCUCAUCACCUUUUCCCACCAGCUCGCCGCAAGAUACAACCGCUAUCCGUCUUCUACUGUCGUCUCUCUUCUCCACAGCCAAUGUCUCUUCUUUGGCGGCUCAUCGCACCCCGCCUACAUUCUCACCAUCACGGCUCUCCCCUCUGAAGUUCAGCCCGCCACCAAUAAGCGCAACACUGCAGUGCUGCAGAAACACAUGGAAACCAUUCUUCAUGUUCCACCUUUAAGAGGAAUGGUGCGCUUUGUCCCUGCAACAGAAGAGUGCCUUGCUUGGGGAAGCAAAACGGUCGCGGGGAGGAUUUCGGAUGCUGUGGCCAAGGAUAGAGAGGUUGCGAGUGAAGGAGAAGGGAGCAAAUCACACGAGAGGCGG